GUAUCUCAUGUUGUGUGUGCUGAUGCGGCUGGUUUGUAUGUGUGUACAUGUAUGUGGAGGUUCCUCAACAAUUCCAAUUGUUUACGUGUUUGCUUUGUGGCUUACAUCCUGUAGAUGAACUGCAUCUCUAUCUCUAUCUACCACUGCUGAGGUCACAAUGAAAUAAAUAAAUAUAAGAAAAUUGCUUUAUUAAGAGAAUACCAGCCGAUUUCAGAUUUUACAAAUUAGCAUAAUAAAUCAGUGGUAAAUUUGAAUAAUUUUGGAGAUCAUAAUGUGGGUCGCAUUCUUGCUUAUAUCCAUUACAAGAUCAAUUACAAAAUAGCCAAGUCAAUUUUUGAUUCAAACAUAUUAAAUUUUAGGAACUGGCUUAUGGGAGCAUCCACAGACCAGAUGAGAAAAAUUGGUGUUAUUUUUGCCUACAGUGAUCCAAUAUCCCGUAAAAAGAAUCCUCCGAUUACGAAAAAGUGCCCCUAUUGUGGUACUUCAGUGCAGCGGUUGGACAACCACCUCCAUACUGUGCACAACGUCCCACGAAAAUCAGAGGAAAUGGUCCAACAACUGAAGGCUGUGAAAAGAAACUGCACAGACUUCUCCAAAAAGAGGAGGAUGACGGGAGGAGGAGAGCCACCCCAGCAACCCUCAGACCUCUCCGUCCUUCUGCGCAGUAAAAAAAUAUUUUUGUGUUAUGUUGAUUUCUUCUUGUAAAUUAGUUUUGUAAUCGAAAUAAUUACAAGUUUCAAUAACCAUGGAGGAAAGCCAAAAAAAAAAAAGGACAGGAAAAGAAACUGGGACAGUUCAGAAAAAACCCUCCUUGUUCACCUCGUUGGUAAUAGAAUAGACAUAAUAGAGGAGAAGAAAAACGAUUUUCAGGCCAACUCGGCCAAAAUCAGGGACUGGGAGGAAAUCUUCGGUGAAUUUCGGGCCUGGUAUGGAGAGAGGAGGAGCAUGAAAGAAAUACGAGAUCAAUGGAAAAAGAUAAAGCUUGCGGGGAAGGCUGAAUGGACCGACUUCUCCAAAAAGAGGAGGAUGACGGGAGGAGAGCCACCCCAGCAACCCUCGAACCUCUCCGUCGUUCUGCGGGACAUGGUCCCAAAUGAGUUUGCGCAGAUACUCAACGAGUACGAUGAUGAUGCAGGCAUUGCCCGUCAGAACGACGAUGCAGUGUAUGCAUUCGAGUACCUUUCAGGAAUGCUGCCAGUGUUGGAGAAGGGAGAACGGACAAAGUACACGAAGAAGAGGAACAGCCGGAGGAAUUCUGUCCGUGUAUUCGGAAUCCCAGAGAAGAAAGGAGAAGAUACUGACCAACUCCUCAUCAAGGCAGUGUCUGAUCAUCUUCCCUGCCCAAUCUCUUCUGCUAACAUCGAUCAUUCCCAUCGAUCAGGGAGUCCAAGAGCUGAUUCAAAUAAGCCCCGCCCCAUCCUGGUCAAGUUAACCCACUACAGGAAAAAGGCGGCCCUGAUGAAGGAUAGACGUCAACUCAAAGGAUCAGGCAUAUCAAUCCAGGAGGACUUGACGAAAGCAAAUCAUCAGAUCCUCUUGAAACUCUCUAACCAUCCGAAGGUUGAGGCUGCCUGGACAGUCGAUGGAAGAAUCAUGGCCGCCUUGAAGAUGAAUGAGGAGGGGAUUUCUAUAAAGAGAGGUGUAACUUCCCUUCAAGAAGUUUCAACAUUAUAAACUUUUCUAUCAAUCCAAGAGGUUUGAAUUGAAUCUAUUGCUCACAUUUGUUUUGCUCUUAUUCUCUUUUUCUCUACAUAUUCAUGUAAGUACAUUAUUGUGUGAUCAUGUAUGGUUAUCAUGUUUUCUGUAUAUAUAUACACUAUUUUUAUUUUUUUUGUAUCUCAUGUUGUGUGUGCUGAUGCGGCUGGUUUGUAUGUGUGUACAUGUACGUGGAGGUUCCUCAACAAUUCCAAUUGUUUACGUGUUUGCUUUGUGGCUUACAUCCUCUAGAUGAACUGCAUCUCUAUCGAUCUACCGCUGCUGAGGUCACAAUGAAAUAAAUAAAUUGUUUAAUUAAGAGAAUACCAGCCGAUUUCAGAUUUUACAAAUUAGCAUAAUAAAUCAGUGGUAAAUUUGAAUAAUUUUUGAGAUCAUAAUGUGGGUCGCAUUCUUGCUUAUAUCCAUUACAAGAUCAAUUACAAAACAGCCAAGUUUAUUUUUGAUUCAAACAUAUUAAAUUUUAGGAACUAGCUUAUGGGAGCAUCCACAGACCAGAUGAGAAAAAUUUGUGUUAUUUUUGCCUACACAACCCUUGGACCUCUCCGUCCUUCUGCGCAGUAAAAAAAGAUUUUUGUGUUAUGUUGAUUUCUACUUGUAAAUUAGUUUUGUAAUCGAAAUAAUUACAAGUUUCAAUAACCAUGGAGGAAAGCCAAAAAAAAAGGACAGGAAAAGAAACUGGGACAGUUCAGAAAAAAACCCUCCUUGUUCACCUCGUUGGUAAUAGAAUAGACAUAAUAGAGAAGAAGGAAAACGAUUUUCAGGCAAACUUGGCCAAAAUCAGGGCCUGGGAGGAAAUCUUCGGUGAAUUUCGAGCCCGGUAUGGAGAGAGGAGGAGCAUAAAAGAAAUACGAGAUCAAUGGAAAAGGAUAAAGCUCGCGGGGAAGGCUGAAUGGACCGACUUCUCCAAAAAGAGGAGGAUGACGGGAGAGCCACCCCAGCAACCCUCGGACCUCUCCGUCCAUCUGCGGGACAUGGUCCCAAAUGAGUUCGCCCAGAUUCUCAACGAGUACGAUGACGAUGCAGGCAUUGCCCGUCAGAACGACGAUGCAGUGUAUGCAUUCGAGUACCUUGCAGGAAUGCUGCCAGUGUUGGAGAAGGGAGAACGGACAAAGUACACGAAGAAGAGGAACAGCCGAAGGAAUUUUGUCCGUGUAUUCGGAAUCCCAGAGAAGAAAGGAGAAGAUACUGACCAACUCCUCAUCAAGGCAGUGUCUGAUCAUCUUCCCUGCCCAAUCUCUUCUGCUAACAUCGAUCAUUCCCAUCGAUCAGGGAGGCCAAGAGCUGAUUCAAAGAAGCCCCGCCCCAUCCUGGUCAAGUUAACCCACUACAGGAAAAAGGCGGCCCUGAUGAAGGAUAGACGUCAACUCAAAGGAUCAGGCAUAUCCAUCCAGGAGGACUUGACGAAAGCAAAUCAUCACAUCCUCUUGAAACUCUCUAACCAUCCGAAGGUUGAGGCUGCCUGGACAGUCGAUGGAAGUAUCAUGGCCGCCUUGAAGAUGAAUGAGGAGGGGAUUUCUAUAAAGAGAGGUGUAACUUCCCUUCAAGAAGUUUCAACAUUAUAA